AUGUCAAAAUGUGGUUUGAAAUAUUGCCAGCAGCCUUUAUUAUUGGAGGAGCAAUAGCAUUUCCUGGUCUAUGUAUAAUUGUUAUGAAUAAACUCAUUCAUGGAAAUAUAUACAACAAGGAUCUGACGUUACCAUUAGAUAGACGUUAUUACCUCAGAGACACGCGUCUCUCGAAUAAUCCAUAUAAACAAUUUGGUCUAGAAACUAUUGAAGAUGAUAAGCCCGGAGACGAUGGCGGAGGGAGUAGUGGUAUUUGUAAGCUUGGUGGUAUUAUGGACACUAAUCAAUCACAUCCUCAAAACGUAGAUUCACCACUUUCUACAAAUCAUAAUAAUUCUAAUCCUCCACCACAAGAUGGUAAAUCAAAAGAUAAAAAGGAUCAACCUAGUGAGUCGGUAAAAACAGAUGUUCCCGAUGGACCUAAAAAGAAAACCGAUGAACCUAAAAAGAAAAGAACUGAUUCACAAAUAGAAUUGAAGAAAGAUAUUAUUCUUGGCAGUGCAGGCCAUGGUGGGCCUGCGUCAGCUAGAGGAGCAGGUCAUGAUGACUGUUUUACUGAUGAAAGCCCUUCUGAUUCUACACAUUAA